CCUUGUGGUGUAGACUAUGAGCUCAAGACCUUUGUGGCCGACAACAUUGAUGAAAAACCACACAAAAGGAACUCUGUCCGUCUGGCUAUCCGCAAGCUGACGUAUGCCCCUGAGGAGCCAGCCCCACAGCCUAACGCUGAGGCCGUCAAGGACUUUAUCAUGAGCCCCGGCAGUAUAAGGCUGGAGGCCUCACUUGACAAAGAGCGGUGAGGCGUUCUACGGCGACAAGGAUGAUGACUUCAUCUUUGAGGAUUUUGCUCGUCUGCGCCUGAAGGGUCAUGAAGGUGACGACACCGAAGCUUAGCCCCGAGGCCCGUGGCUCCAGGCGACGGACGGCGUCACUCACACGACAACACACACACGCACACACAACACCACAUCCCGGAUACCACCACGCUCUCUGUGUGUGCAGUCACGUGACCUCACCCAACGCCAACUUCAUCAUCGUCAGCAGCGACAGCGUGACCCUCCUCAUCAUUGUCGCCGUUAUUGCAUCCCCAUCAUCAUCAUAAUCAUCAUCAUUACCAUCAUCAUCAUUGUCGCCGUUGUAGCUUCAUCGUCAGCAGCAACAGCAUCAUCAUUAUUGUCGCUGUUGUUGUUGUUGCUGUUGUUGUUAUCAUCUCAUAACUGUUUUCAUCUUUGCUGUGAUUGUCAUCAAUCAUUAUUACCAUCAACAUCCU